UAAAAACAAAAAUCAAUUGCAUUCUGAAAAGCGCGGGACGCGCACUGCGCACUAAUCGCUACCUGUCGUUACACUUUCACUAUUUUCCGUUACUCACGCUGACCCACGCUGAGAGUUUCACGUGUCGGUACUGCACUUGUUGCUGUGUUUGCAUAAAAUAGAUUUAAAUCAGUGAAAUUUUUAUUCAAUUAAUUAAUAAUUAGCAUUUAAACGGACAAAAUAUCCGUAAUUGUUGAUUAUUGCUACUGUGAAUUAUUAUGUCUGAGGAAUCACUUUACGCCGUAGUUCAUUUUCUCAACGACAAUAGUUAUUCAGAAAUCCCGACUAAUUGGCUUCUAGUUGAUGGGCAAUCAGACGAUUACCUUUCCCAAUGUCGAUGGCCAUCCUCAAUAGGCCAACUUAAUUUUCGAUUAAAAAAUCGAAUUGCACCUUGUGAUGAUUGGCCAAUCUACGACAUUAAGAUUAUAAGCUUCCACGAUUCAAUAACCUCUGCACGAAAAUCUGCUGAAGAUUCUCAGUACUCUUCUGCUUCAGAGGCACCCGCGGGUAGAGGACACAGGAAAAAGCGGCUUACGGCUGUUGCUUCUGCUGCCUUGAAAAGAAUAGAAUCGAGUGAUGAUGAUGAUGAUGAUCAUCAUCAUCAUAAUAAAAUUAAACCAGCUGCUCCAAUACCGAAAUGGAAUACAUCAUCUCUGCCUCCUACCACACACUUGACCUUCAGAAAAUUAGAUCAAUUUUACAUCUAUUGGGAUCAUUCUCAGUAAAGCUGAAGGACAUAGAUCAGCGAUUAAGUGCAGAUAAUCGUCCCAGUUCUUACUCUUCAGAAAAUAAAACGUUAUCAAAAGUAAAAAAAGCUUUGCCAUUGAAAAAUAAAGAUGAUGUAACCCAAUUUGAAACUGAUUUGGAAAAAGUUACCGAUUUCCGUCGAGAAUUUGUGAAAAUCGUGAGUCAAGUUGGUGGAGCGAAUGGUAAGGAGUUCAGUGAACGAUUAUUAAACGUGCUAUUUUCUCCGUCAUUUGCGCAGCACAAUACAUGGGACGGGAAAAAAAACAAAUACAAGGUUGCUGAUCUAAUAGUUGUUAAAAUUUGCGAAGAGGUGGUAUUGGCAAAAUUUACGUCUUAUGACAGUGCUGAAUUUUCAAAAACCUGUAAUAAUUGGUUCCGAUUAGGAAAUCAAAGGGCAAAACAGCAGCCAGCGCAAGUACAAAAACAAAAUCAACAAGUAAAUAAUGAUCAAUCAAGUAAAAAUAAUAAUUAAAAUUCAAAAAGUUUAAAUAAUUACUUAUAAAAACAAAGUAGAUGGCAUUAAAACA